AUGAAGUCUCUGGACGACUCGACUCCCAUUCGACCGACAUUCAAGAAAGGUAUUAAUGACCGUAAUGAGAGCAAGGAGCCUGGCCAGAAUGGGGAAGCCACUUCUCCCUCCCUGAAACCCUCCUCCUCACCGUCGACCACCUCCUCACCAUCAACAUCCACAAGCACGCUCCCGUUCAUCCUCCAAAUCUGGGCUCCGACCCUCCUGCUCAUAUUUGGCGGCUGCUGCUCCAAUGUCUACACCCUCGAAUCCAUCAUCCAUGCCUCCCCGUCAUCGGGAUCUCUCAUAACAGCUUUUCAAUUCCUCCUCGUCUCCCUGUUCACAUUACCACGGCACUUCUCCCCUCGUCGCGGUCUGCGAAACCUCUACCUCAGAGAACGUAAUAUCCCAAUCCGAAAAUGGGUGGUCUACACUGCUUACUUCCUGAGCAUCAACAUUCUGAAUAACAUGGCGUUCAAAUACCGCAUCGGUAUUCCCUUGCAUAUAAUACUGAGGAGUGCCGGCCCGGUCACUACGAUGCUCGCGGGCAUAGUUUGGAAAGGUCGACGAUAUCCUACGCAGAAGAUCGUGGCUGUGUUGUUACUUUUCGGUGGGGUGGUGUUGGCGGCGUUUGCCGAUACGUGGUCCAAGCAGGUUGAUAUUGGGGCGGCUGUCGAAGAGUUGGACGAUUACCGCUCGGCAGCGACAGAGCACCUUGAACCCGCUUCUACAACGUCCGGAGUUUCGGCAUUCUCGUCUCAAGCCCCCGGUUUCGCGCUUCUCGCAUCCGCACUCGUUCUCUCAGCAUGUAUGGGUAUGUAUGCUGACGACAUGUACGCCACUCACGGCCGGUCAGCGGAGAUCACAGCGGAGACGCUCUUCUACAGCCACACGAUGUCGCUACCUUACUUUAUCAGUCAAUCCCGACCACUUUUUUUUGAUUUUUUGAGUCUACUGGCUGUUCCAGGCCACGAUAUCAAUUACCUGUCAAAAACAAAUGCACCUACAUCUUCCUCUUCCUGGCUAGUUACAUCGUCUUCCGUCCUUCCCCGACCGCUCAUGCUACUCUUGCUCAACGCCGCUACGCAGCUCCUAUGUAUUAUAGGCGUGAACCGGCUCUCGGCACAAUCGUCCUCUCUCACCGUCUCCAUCGUCCUCAACGUCAGGAAACUCGUCAGUCUGGUUUUGAGCAUCUGGCUGUUCGGGAACCGACUGCCCAUGGGCGUGGUGAUGGGGGCAGUGAUAGUGUUUGUGGGCGGAGGACUGUACGCUUUGCCUGGGCCGAAGGGAGAAAAGAAGGGAGGGAAGAUGCCAAAGGAGAAGGAGAAGACGCGGUGA